CUAGCAUAAAGACGCAGAGGUGCUUUCAGCAUUCAUCGGAAAACAGGAAAUAAGCGAUUUCUACACAGUUUUUAUCCAUGAGGUUCCAAAAUAUGCAUCUGAUGUAUACACCUGUUUCCCAUCAUAGCAAACAAAGUCACGAAAAGUCAACAGUCAAAGUUACCUGGGAUAUAGGUAAUUGACAUUCAGUUUGCGCGGUUUUUGAAUGCACUGUGUUACGUCUUCAUGAUGCUUCCUUGUAACUGAAUAAUUAUGGAUUGUAAAACGUCAGUUAAUGGGUUUCGCAAAACAGUUUCACAUUCUUUCGACCAUUGUGGUCCUACUGCGAAGCGCCUUUCACUGAAAACUAUCUCUAAUCCUUCCUUCGGCCGCACAAAUUUUUCAGGACUCAUGCUCGAAGCUGCAAAGUGCAACAAAAGCGGUUUUUCUUAGCGAACCUGUCGAAUUGACGUUAGAGGAGCUAUAUAGGAAUGUCGAGGAUAUAUGUGCUCAAAGGAUGAUAAUGGAACUGUAUGCAAAGCUGAAUGUAUUAUUCAGUGAAUUCGUUUCUAGUUUGCAGCCCCAGUUCCUCAAAUAUCCUUUUAAAUCACUUUGAUAAACCAUCACUCCUUUUGUAAUGUGGUCGUUAUAAAUGUCAUAGACCUCUAAGGAUCUGGAUAGUAUUCAGUUGUACUACUGAAAACCAUCCAUUUUCUUUACCUAGCAGAGGAGUUGACAGGUUACUGAGAUGUAGUUUGGUUUUUUUAUUAAUAAUCAGGCACGAGUAUUUUGUUUUCUAUUGCUUGCAGUUCCUACUAUUAGCAGCACUGAAUUAUAUACAUUUUUAUUGAAUCAUCAGCUGAGUGUUAAAUCUUCAUUAGGUUGCACUUCAGUAUUUUGAUCAGUCUGCAUAAAACUGUUCUGCAACAAGCGAACUAUCCAAGCAUUUUCCUAAGGACAAAAAUCCGGAAAACCUUUUAGUGCGUGGGUAUUUGCGCAUUUUUGAAUUUUCAUAUUACGGACAAAUUAGCAGGCUUUAGAUUUAUAUGAGUCUUGUAUUGCUUAUUCUUAUUCAACUAUACCAUAUUAAAUGAACGGUGUUUGACGUUCCUUGUAAUGACUAGGGGUCAAUGUUUGGUUUUUGCUUAUAUUGUUUUAGUUUCAUAUAACUAUUAAGUGAUGGUUUUCUUUAAGUUUUAUAAAUGCCGAAUCAUUCGCAUUCUCAGUAUAAUGGUGCUGCUUAAUCAAGUAUAGUUUUCCACUUCUGCUGCUACCUUAACACAUUUCUUUCACGGAAGGUUUUCAGCUCAAAUCUGUUGCGUACUGUUGGGAGCUAUAUUGCAAAAAGAUGCUUUUAAUCAGAAACAUAUUUCUUUUUAUGGACAGGCAGUUGCUCCUCUUAAAUCCACAAAAUCUGCAGAUAUGGGAUUUGGCGCUUAAACUGUUUCGAGAAGAUGUGAUUACUCGAGAAAAAGUUCAGUCCCGUCUUUUAUGUCAAAUACUGGAAGAAAUACACAAAGAAAGAUGUGGGGAAGCUAUUGAUCGACAGCUUCUGCGUACUGUCAUUAGAAUGUUAGUGGACUUGAAGCUGUAUGAUUCAGUAUUUCUUAACGAAUUUCUGCGUAAAAGUCAACAGCUGUAUACCUACGAAGCAGAUUCUCUAUCUAGACAGCUUAGUGUUCCUGAAUACCUACUUCAUGUAGACAAAAGGAUUAUGGAGGAGGAAGACAGAUUAGUUGUAUAUUUAGAUGCCAACUCUACCCGCAGCCUCCUCAUUUCAACGCUAGUUUCAGAAUUGUUAACGCGCCCAUUAGACUAUCUAUUGGAUAAUGGUUUGGUCAAUCCUUUAAAAACUAAACAAACAGCACAGUUAUCGUUAUUCUAUUCCUUAAUUUCAAGAGUUCCAAAUGGUAUUGAUAAACUACGUACACACUUCCGUAAUUACAUUAUACAAAUGGGGCGUGAAAUAGUAGAAAACCCAUUACAGGACGUUGAAAAGGAUCGUGCUAUGAUUCAGAAUCUACUGGAUUCACGGGACUUCCUUUCAGAAAUUAUAGGGUCAUGCUUCGCUAAUGACUCCAGUUUUAUGCGAGUUUUGCAAGAAGCGUAUGAAGAGUUUAUCAAUCAACGUCCAAAUAAACCGGCUGAAUUUUUAGCUAAAUAUCUUGAUUCCCACCUUAGAUCAGGAAAUAAAGCUCAAACAGAAGAGGAGUUAGACAAACUAAUGGAUAAAGCUAUGAUUUUGUUCCGUUUCAUUGAUGGAAAGGAUAUAUUUGAAGCAUUUUAUACUAAAGAAUUAGCAAAACGUCUUCUUCUCAACAAAAGUGCAUCGGUUGAUGCAGAGAAAGCGAUGUUAUCAAAACUAAAACAGGAAUGCGGGCCGAAUUAUACACGCAAAAUGGAAAUUAUGUUCCAAGAUAUUGAAUUAAGUAGACAGUUGAGCAAAAAUUUCCGUUUUUCACUGCCUGACAGUUAUGCGAUUGAAUUGAGUGUGAACGUCAUCUGCCCAGCAUCAUGGCCACCGUAUCCACAAACAACAGCCAAUUAUCCUCCUGAAAUGGUAUCGCUUCGAGAAGAAUUUACUCGCUUCUAUUUAUCGCAUCACCAAGGUCGAAAAUUGAUCUAUGAGCCAUCAUUAGGAAUGUGUGUUGUAAAAGCGAAAUUCCCAACAACGCCUAACCUCCGCAAAGAAUUACAAGUGUCUGAAUUUCAAGCCUUAGUAUUGCUACAAUUCAACCAGUCUGAUAACGUACCGAUCACUUAUGCUACGAUAGCUGAAAAUACAGGUAUUGAAGAAAAGGAAUUGAAACGAACUCUGCUGUCAUUAGCUGCUGGAAAGGGACAACGUGUAUUAUUGAAAAAUCCAGCCAAUUUGGAAAUUGAAAAUGACCAUGAAUUUAUCUUCAAUACUGAGUUUUGUCAUCGCCUGACACGAAUUAAAUUCAAUCAGAUACAAUUAAAAGAAACUGAACAAGAACAAACGGCUACUGAAGAACGAGUAUUUGCUGAUCGUGUUGCCCAUGUGGAUUGUUGUAUUGUACGCAUUAUGAAAACACGUAAAACUAUUGAUCACAAUUCAUUGUUAUCAGAGGUCUACAAACAAUUACAAUUUCCGCUUAAAGCAAGUGAUGUGAAGAAACGUAUUGAAAAUUUAAUUGACCGUGAUUAUAUGAAAAGAGAUGCUAGUAAUGCUGCCACGUAUCAUUAUGUCUCCUAGUUGAUGAAAUAGGUUUGUCUACUCCAAAACUUUCAUCUUCCUAAGUUUACCUUCUUUUAAUUAUUUUCCCCCAAUAGAGACACCGCAUAUGUGUAUAUGUGAAGGAAGAAGUCUAAUGACAGGAAAUCACACUUAUACACUUUUUCUCAUUUCAAGUUAUUAGUUAACUUCAUUUCUCUUACAUUAACUAACUAACAUAAGUUGAUGUAUUUCGAAAUGAAUAAAAAAUUACUGUUCCUUUUGUGUGUUCUUGUUAUGUACAGCAGAUUUUAUCAAAUUAACUUACACUUUGUUUUUUUGUUUUUUUAUCAUGCAAAUCUUUCAUAUUCAUGUCAUUACUAUUUUUUUUCUUGAAAAAAGAAAGUAAGAUGAGUUCGCUUGCCUGUUCGACGAUGUUUUGUAUGGUAGAUAACUGUACUGCCUAAAUUUGAAUUUUUAUGAAGUAAAUUAUCUGUGUGUU